AUUUGAGGGCCAUUUUGGCAGAGCUUUGAUGCGGCGGACGAGCAUCGGAGCAUUAAGUUAGCUUCCGGUGGCAAUGGCCGUCGAAAUUGCUGCCGCCGUCAAUCUGGAAAUGUUAUUUUCGUUGACACUUCGUAACUUGGGAGUCGAGUAGGCUCCGAAGUGCCAAUCGGAACAAAUACAGGUAUACUGAUGUUGCAUCUCUUUCAUUCAUAGGAAUGUCAGAUCACCCCCUGCUCGACGGUGCAAGCAACUCCAGUUUCCGUUACGGAGCCUUUGACACAAGCAGUGAUAGUCCGGCGCUUCCUGAGUGUGAUGAGCAGAACAGACAGAUGGUGGAGAAGAGGCUUCUCCGUAAGCUCGACCUUCGAAUCGCCUUCCUGGUUCUGAUUUACAUUAUGAGCUGGAUCGACCGCACUAAUGCAGCUGCAGCGAGGCUGAGUGGUUUUGAGGAGGACCUUGGAAUGACGGGGAACCAAUUCAACACACUCAUGAGCAUCUUUUACGUGGGGUAUUUAUUGACGCAGACUCCUUCCAACAUGUUCUUAGAUCGCAUGACAAGGCCAUCGCUGUACCUCUCGAUCUGCAUGGCAAUAUGGGGUGCUAUCACCGUGUGCAUGGGUGUAGCACAAACGUACCAUGUCGCUCUGAUUUUGCGCUUCAUGCUUGGAUUUGUUGAGGCGGCGUUCUUUCCUGGGGCUAUUUUUCUGCUUUCACGAUGGUACAAGCGCAAUGAAUUAGGGUUACGCACAGCGCUUCUGGCUUGCGGAAGCUCACUCAGUAACGCUUUCAGUGCUCUUAUAGCGUCGGGAAUUUUGGCAAGCCUGGAUGGUGCACUAGGCUUUACGGGUUGGAGGUGGCUCUUCCUCGUAGAGGGCGCUCUGACAAUUGUUGUUGCAGUGUCCGCAAUCUGGAUUUUGCCAGAUUUUCCUUCUACACCGAGUGUUUGGCUUUUGCCUGAUGAACAGACCCUAGCCAAGCGACGGAUGGAGGAGGAAGUCGCAGCUGGCAAUGAGCACAAAGGUGUACCCUUGGGGGGUUGGUCUGGCCUAAUCGAGGCUAUAACGGAUUGGAAGGUAUGGUGGCUUAGCGCUGCUCUUAUUUUGAUGGACGCUUCUUUGUCGUUCCGCAUUUUUUUCCCGACACUGUCUGCUACAAUGGGUUACAACUCGACCAUCACCCUCCUGCUCUGUGCACCCCCGUGGAUAUUGGGAACCUUGACAUUGUUUGUUGUGGCCAGGCACUCCGAUGCAACCAGUGAUCGCUUCUGGCAUACCGCUGGCCCUCUAUUUGUCGCCAUCGUUGGGUUCAUGAUGGCAAUUUCUACUAUGAAUGCGGCCGUUCGAUAUCUGUCACUAUUCUUUAUGGCUCAGGCCCCAGUUGCCCAUAUUGUUUCUUUGACUUGGGUCAUGAAUACAUUUUCCCAAUCACAGUCGAAACGCGCUGCAGCCAUCGCAUUAACUAAUGCACUAUCAUCAAUUGGCUUCAUUGGUUCAUCGUACUUCUGGCCGUCCCGUUGGGGCCCCUCGUAUGUGAACUCAUUUGUUAUGUGCAUAUUGACAAGCGCUAUGUCUAUUGUGAUGUUCUGGGUAUUUAGGGAGCAUCUUUCCCGCUGCAAUGAAGCUGCUGAAGCCGAAGAGCAGGCUCUAGGGCUGCCCAAGGGUUUCAGAUAUAUUUUGUAGCACUCGCUGCUCAAGGCUUGUUCCGUACGGAUGGGUCAAUGACUGGUUUUAUAUUGUACACAUGAAGCAUGGAGUAUCAAAUACAUCAAUGCUUUCCUGUUC